UGUGUAAAUAGAUAAAAAAAUAUCCAACACCUAAAUAUACUUGUGCCAUGAAAACACCUGCAAGUUCCAUUGUGUUCAAUGUUAGCAGGCGUGAACCUGAGCUCAUAGCCCCGUCCAAGCCAACCCCUCAUAAAUUGAAGCCAUUGUCGGACAUUGACGACCAAGGAUCAGUCCGUUGUUACGUUCCUAUCAUCCAAAUCUAUCGUCAUCGCUCCUCCAUGCAAGGAAAGGACCCCGCCAAGGUGAUCCGCGAGGCAAUUGGUAAAGCGCUAGUGUUUUACUAUCCGCUUGCCGGUAGACUUAGAGAAGGACCCAACCGAAAACUUAGUGUGGAAUGCACGGGUGAAGGAGUAUUGUUUACUGAGGCUGAUGCUGAUUUUGAUCUUCAGCACUCCGGUAAUGUACUUCAACCUCCAUUUCACUUCUUAGACGAGUUCCUUUUUGAUGUACCGGGUUCUAAUGGAGUCUUAAAUUGCCCUUUGCUGCUUAUUCAGGUGACACGCCUCAAGUGCAGUGGUUUCGUUUUUGCUCUCAGAUACAAUCACACAAUGAUCGAUGGUCCUGGCAUAGUUCAAUUCUUGAGAUCAAUCGGAGAACUAGCCAACGGAAAAUGUUACCCUUCGAUCCUCCCAAUAUGGGAAAGACAAAUUCUUAACGCGAGGAGUCCACCGAUGACUACGUGCAUACAUAGAGAAUAUGAUGAUUUUACGGCAACAGUUCCAUUUCCACCCGAUGACUUAGUUCUCCAAGCAUUCUUUUUCGGUCCCGCGGAAAUCGCCACUGUCCGAAGUUACGCCCCUUCCCAUCUCCGACAUUGCACUACAGUGGAAAUACUAAUAGCAUGUCUUUGGAAAUGUCGAACUAUUGCACUUCAACCGAACCCAACGUUAGAAAUGCGAAUGAUGUUUUCCCAUAAUCUCCGCAACAAAUUUAGUCCGGAUAUACUACCAAAAGGUUACUACGGAAAUGGAUUUGUAUUUUCAACCGCAGUUUCGACUGCUGGAGAACUCGUAACAAAUUCUACAGGCUAUGCGUUAGAAUUAAUUAGAAAGGCUAAAUCAGAGAUAACUAGAGAGUACGUGCAAUCAACAGCCGAUACGCUAGUCAUCAAGGGCCGGCCUUCUAUUCCAGAGGAAGGGACAUACAUAAUGUCUGAUGUGAGACAUUUAGGUUUGGAAGGUGUGGAUUUUGGAUGGGGCAAAGCUGUAUAUGGUGGUCUUACCAAACCAACUCCUAACAUGGCAAGCUUUUGCGCAGCGUUUGAGAAUGAGAAAGGGGAAAAGGGAGUUGUAGUGCCAGUGUGGUUGCCAUUCCAGGCCAUGGGCAGAUUUGUGAAGCAGUUAGAAAUUCUAUUGCAUGCUGCUAAACCAGCAAACUCUGCUUUAUGAACUGCCUAGAGUGGAAAUAAAGGUCAAAUUAAAUAUAUAUGGACCUUCAGUUCAAUAGUCUUGUUGUCUGCGGUCGACAUUUGAUACUGUCUUUGCAUUAUUAAACUUAAUAAACUACUAUAUACCGUCGCUUUGUUGAUUUUUGUAAA